AUGGGUAAAAGUCGUGGUUACAGAUCAGGUACUCGUUACGCUUUCCAACGUGACUUCAAAAAACAUGGUGCUAUUCCAUUAUCCACCUACUUGAAAAUUUACAAAGUUGGUGAUAUUGUUGAUAUCAAAGCUAACGGUUCUAUCCAAAAAGGUAUGCCACACAAAUUUUACCACGGUAAAACUGGUAUCAUCUACAACGUUACCAAAUCAUCAGUUGGUGUUAUUGUCAACAAAGUUGUUGGUAACCGUUACUUAGAAAAACGUAUCAACUUAAGAGUUGAACACAUCAAACACUCUAAAUGUCGUCAAGAAUUUUUAGACCGUGUUAAAACUAACGCUGCUAAACGUGCUGAAGCUAAAUCAACUGGUCAAGCUGUCCAAUUAAAACGUCAACCAGCGAAACCAAGAGAUGCUAGAGUUGUUGCUACUGUUGGUAACGUUCCACAAACCUUAGCUCCAGUUCCAUACGAAACUUUCAUUUAA